CGAUCAUUGAUCCAUUACGACAAUACUUCAAAGCCGUGUCCUCAACUAUUUGCUUCCAGUUUGGAAAGAAAAGGUCGCUUAUUUGCAUUAGUCUUCACUGAGGUACGGGCAAGCUAAAAUCAAGCAGGUAAUAGUCAAACAAUGCACCAUUUUAAAUAAUUAGAUGGUCUCACUGAUUUACGUGUUUAUAACUGGUAAAUAGAAGGUGGUUUUCUCAGACGAAACGACACGUUUGGAUUGCAGUGAAACCUCUAUUAACUGGACCCCCAAUUAAGCAGACACUAAGCCGGGUCUUUAACGUCUUAUAUUUCCCUUUAUAACGAACUCCUAUUUAGCGGACACUUCUAUUUUAAAAGCGGACGCGGACACUAAAAUAAAUUGUGUUUGGCUUAUUUCUAUUGUUAAAAACCUCUAUUAGCGGACACCGUACUGAAUUGACAAUAGUAGUAUUGGAUUACGCCCUUGAAAUACGUACUGUAGUCAAUUAGGGACGGACCAUUAGAAACGUUAUGGGGGUGGGGGUGGGGAAUUUUUGAGCCGCAGGAAUUUUUUUUUCGUUAUCAAAUUCCUUGUAUGAAUUUUUUUAGGCCUUAGCAUGAAUAUUUUUUAGGGUUAAUUGGCGUGCAUGAAUUUUUUUAAAUUAAUUUUCCCUUGCGAGAAAAUUUUUUUUGUACAUCCCCCCCCCGUCUCCAAAAGUUCUCUAAUGGUCCUUCCCUUAAUAAUAAAUCAAUACACUUAGCUGUCAAUAAACUGAAGAUUAGACCGAUAUCCGGCCCUAUGAUUGUCAUUCGCGAUCAAAUUUCCCUUAAAAGUCUUGCACAAAGUACAGCGUUUCCUUUACGACAUGGAACUUUACCACAGUACAGAGUAACCGUCAUGCGUUUUCGUUAACAAACAUUGCGCAAUUUUUACACCCUCUAUUAAGCGGACACUUGGGAAGGUCCCGAAGGUGUCCGUUUAAUAGAGGUUUCUUUCACUGUAUAUCAUUUACUUUCAUCCAUCAAUGCUUUCUUAUUGAUGUAGUUGUCCAAACAGCGACUAAUGGCAAAACCAUGAAAGAUACUGCAGAAACAGAAGCGCCCAUACAGAAUCGUGUGUUUACUUUAACAUAUAAAUCGUUAGUGUUCAUGUUUAUGAUGAUGUUUAUGAUGUUGAUGUUUAUGUCAAUUAAAACCGUAAACUUCCUCUUGUAAGUCCACCCCCCCCCCACACACACACACACACACAUUAGUUAAAGCCCAUCUACCUGCAAUCAAACAAACACCUCCGGUUAUAAGCAUUUUUCUAGCUUGUAUUACAAUGAAUUCGAUUUUUCAUGACGUUAGGAUGAACUUUAAAAUGACAGGGAGUAAAUUCAUAAAGGAUUUUGAUUAGCAUUGCGCGCUAUGUACCUUGUUUGAAAACGCUUUUUUAGUCUGGUUAUAAGCACCCGCCCCCGAAAGGGCUUCCUAUCAGAUGCUAACCCUUGUUGUUUAUUUUGAAUGACUCUACCCUGCUGUGUUUUCAUCCUGGAAUAGAAUGGCUGCCAAAUCUUAUGAAGCUGGCGUGAGAAAAUACUACGGUGACAGACUGACCAACAUCUCAGGUGACACAACAAGUGAAGAAAUUAGGCAUGUUUAUGAUAACUGGGCCAGCGAAUAUGACAAGGUGACAAAAAUUUCAUCUGACUCCGUUUACAUGGGUCCACAUAAGUAUUUUGAACGGAUAAAAACUUGCACGGAUCCGCCUUCCGUUUACACCGAACCCGCGGAACCGCGCAAGUUUAUCAGGAACGGCAAACAAAACAGCAUUCUGCAACAGAAUUUGCAAGGUUUUGCAUGGUGUAAACGGGUUGCACAGGCCAAAAAAUUCGUCCGUUUAAAAAUUUUUCCGGACACAAGUAAACAGGGUCAGUUUCGUAGUCAGGUGAAAUUAUCGCGCAGCAUCUUUUGAACAACAACAAAAAAAGGUUAAUGGUUUCAUUCUCAAUUCAGCCUCUCCAAGAGCCAAGCGCUAGGUUUCUAAAUUCAGUGCCAGGUCCCUGACAUCUCUUUAGAACUCCAAGUUUAGUUUCUCCCUUUUACAAUUCCAGUGUAAGUACAUAGUUAGGGAUAAGCAUUUUUUUAUCUCACUAUAACCGUCUAUUCUCCACUCCGCAGGUCCUCUCCUUAAAAAUCUCAAUAAGUUGCUACCAGAAAAUAAAGAUGUAUGAGAAGAUAAAUAAGUCAGUGUCAAUGAUCUUAAGUCUUAGUAUGAAAUAUAGGUUUCAGUUAGAGUAUUCCCCUCCGAAGACGAGGUACGAACCCCGGGGGGGCACUUGGGUAUUUUUUGGGUGGGUAUGUACCGCCGGGACUCCAAAUUGGCACCCCGUUCUAAAAAAAAAUUCCCCUGAAAUUGAUACCCCGUUCUAGAAAUGGGCCAAUUUUUUAUAUCCCGUUCUAGAACUCGCCCUAAAACUGAUACCCCGUUCUAGAAAUGGGCCAAUUUUUUAUACUCCGUUCUAGAAAGUUUGUAAAUUGAAAUAGCCCUGUUUUUUAAAAAGAUAUUUCUUUAAUUGUUCGACUUAUACAUCAAAUAAAUGCUUCUUCAUAAUCAGCAACAAUUUUAAGCAGAAGAUAAAGCGGCGAUCCACAAUUUUUUAUACCCCGUUCUAGAAAACGCCUCUGAAAUGGAUACCCCGUUCUAAAUCAGGAGCUUCAAAAUCAUGACCCCGUUGGGCGGCACAUACCCGUAUAGGUAAUGUCAGGUGAUGUAUGGGAGUACCCCCCCCCCCGGGAGGUACGAACUAAACGAACACAAAUUUCCCUCAAACCAAAGUUUCCCUCUAAAUAAGUAGACUUUUUUCAGACGUCGUUUAGGCUGACUAUUUGUUAUCCCGCAAAACAGGUGACUCAAAAAAUAAUUCUCAACAAGGGGAAUUGUUUGGCGGAAAGAACUUGCCCUGACUUUCUAACGGACAACAUCGCUCGAACACACAGCGCAUGAACCGUUUCAUAACCAGGAGGGAGUAUGACAAUAGAUAAAUUGAACCAUGCGUUUUUCACAUUCUUGCUAUGCAUGGCAUAAUAUCUAAUCAAGUUGGAAAUUGAUGGAAAUCCAUUUUCCCACCCUCGUUCCUAGGGUCUUCUCGUUUUCCAAUAUGGCAAGAGAAGACCUGGGGACAAGGUUGCCUUUUUCCCACGGAACGUUUUCAAAUGACGUCACAUCCGCCAUAUUAGUGUUCCAAAACAAUAAAACGGUGGCCACGUUGGUGUUCCAAAAAAGUUCUGUGGGAGUUGAACCUUAUUUUCAUCGCUACUCGCUACAUGAGUGAAAACGUUCUGUACUUAGAUCAGACUUAUUAUGACUUGAGCCUAAAUAGUUUUAAAAAUUAAGCAGAAUAUAACGCUCGUUCAUCGGAUGUCUUUGUUCAACCCUACGUCUUAGAAUGUUGUUGAUGCAGCACGUUGUGUUUGCCACAAGCCACUUGCGGAAUCUCUGGACGGAGCCCUCAAAGACAAUUUCCCUGAAAAAGCAAAAGAUGACCUCAAAAUCAUUGACGUGGGAGCAGGGACAGGAUUAAUAGGAAUAGAACUUCAAAAACUUGGUUACAGUAAUCUUCAGGCGUUGGACAUUUCACCUGAAAUGUUAAAAGAAGCAAAGAAAAGAAAUAUUUACAAAAGGUUUUUUUGCGUCGCAUUAAGUGACCAACAGAUUCCCGAGAUACAAACAGGAGAGUUUGACGCUCUUAUUUGUGCUGGUAGUCUCCUUGCGGGGCAUAUCAGGGCAGCUGCUUUUGAAGAAAUGGUCAGGAUGGUAAAACAUGGUAAGAUUGUUGUCAUUGUUUUUUUUUCUUCGUGUACAGUUUGUCAUAAAAAGGAGUGUCAAUCAAUACUUAACUACCUAAGUGGCGAUAAUAAUAAUAAUAAUAAUAAUAAUAAUAAUAAUGAUAAUAAUAAUGAAGAUGAUGAUGAUGAUGAUGAUAAUGAUGAUGAUAACAACGACGACUACGAAGAUAUUGAUGACACUGGAUAAGUUUUAUCUUGACCACAGGGGGAGGGUUUAGAGAAACAGACAAUUCUUUUUCAGGGAUUUAAGACUGUUUCUUUUGCCCCAUUCUCGCGACAUGACUAUCAUUACAUCUUAUACCCAUAACUAUCACUGUAAUUAUGAAUUUUCAGAUUUUGUUGUUGUUGUUUAUAGGUGGUAUAAUCUGCUUCAACGUGCGGGAUGGCCAGCUGGAUGACUACCGGGAGAAAAUACAGGAACUAGAGAGAACGGCACGAUGGGAAGUGAUCUCCAAGAACGCAGUGUCUUUUUUCGAAACUGAGGAAAUGCCCAGAGAAACCUACGCUUUCUUGUUUAGAGUUUUGGGGAAGUAACGCCAACAUUCAAGCUUGUCAUUAGUAGUGGUAGCGCCAACAUUAGAGACCUCUAGACUCGAGGACGAGAACGACAACAAGGACAAGAUUUAACUUAAGGUUUUUUCAACUAUUUUUAAAAAAAUAAACACCGCGGAAAGCUUCAUUGUACUUACAAGAAAAUUUAAGUCAAUACCCUGCAGUAAAGUAAAAGUUGCUCAAUAGCAUAUUUGAAUUCACUUUCAAUUUCCCCGAAAAUUCCCUAACUAGUAAUAGUUGACACUACAGCUGCCCCCGUUCUGUAUAUUGUC